AUGGCCUUUGAGGGUAAUUUGAAGCGUCACUUGAGACUUCACACAGGUGAGAAGCCGUAUGCUUGUGAAACAUGUGGGAAAGGUUUCAGUCUACAAGGAAAUUUGUUAGUGCACAGGAGAAUUCAUUCAGGUGAGAAGCCGUAUUCUUGUGAAACAUGUGGGAAAGGUUUCGUUUGUGAGGGUAAUUUGAAGCGUCACUUGAGAGUUCACACAGGUGAAAAGCCACAUGCUUGUGAAACAUGUGGGAAAAGGUUCAGUCGUAAAUCAACUUCGAUAGUCCACAUGAGAGUUCACACAGGUGAGAAGCCGUAUUCUUGUGAAACAUGUGGGAAAGGUUUCGUUUGUGAGGGUAAUUUGAAACAUCACUUGAGAGUUCACACAGGUGAAAAGCCACAUGCUUGUGAAACAUGUGGGAAAAGUUUCAGUUCUAAAUCAACUUUGAUAGUCCACAUGAGAAUUCACACAGGUGAGAAGCCGUAUGCUUGUGAAGCAUGUGGGAAAAGUUUCUCUGAACGCAGGUCUUUGUUAAACCACAUGAGAAUUCAUUCAGGCGAGAAGCCGUAUUCUUGUGAAACAUGUGGGAAAGGUUUCGUUAGAGAGUGUCAUUUGAAGUGUCACUUGAGAGUCCACACAGUUAUUUGUUUGUCCACAUGA